UAUCUAUGCUAGUACACACCUUGCUACACAGUCAGCACCAGCGCAGCUGCAGUAGAGGAAAGCAACUGGUUUCUUACAUCAUGGAUGCAAUACCAACAAGUUCAAAAUUCCGUAUUCAACAUUCUAGAGCGUUAAAGUUCCUGAAACGUAGUGAUUUUUUGGAGAUUACUGAUGUCCACCACCACCAAAAAGAAGCUCUUUUAGCAAUAAAAAAGCAGUUUGAUGACAUAGACCAACCAAACAUUGCUCUUGUUGUUUUACCCACUGGCUGUGGUAAAACUGGUGUUGCUGUUUUAGCUCCAUUUGUGCUAGAUUCUCAUCGUGUUCUUGUUCUAACUCCUUCAAGGGCUAUAUCAGAGCAAAUAUUUAAAGCAUUUGGUGGCAGACAAGACUCUCAAGAUAUGUUUCUUGUCAGGAGAAGGUUCAUUAGAGCAGAACAAGCAAAUGAUGUCCGUCCUAGCUGUACUCUCAUUACAAGUACUGAUCAGAUCAAGAACUCUUUGCACAAUGAGCUGCUGAUAAUCACAGCUCAUCAGGUUUCAGGGCAAUCUCAAGUCAAAAUUCAAGAUAUUUCUCCUGAAAAUUAUGACCUUGUCAUUGUCGAUGAAGCUCACCAUUACCCAGCACAUACUUGGAUGACUAUUGUUAACCACUUUUGUAAAAGCAAACGUCUGUUUCUAACAGCAACACCACAUCAUAGAAGUACAGGCUAUAUACUACAAGAUAUUGAGCCUCAUUUGGUUGGUUUGUCUUUCAAUCAAAUUAUUCCUAAGAUAGAAAUAUGCUACAAUUUGAGCCUGGAAAAAGCUGAAGAUGAUGGAAUAAUAAGACGAAAAAAGUUCGAAGAAAUUGGUACGAAGGGUGAUGACCUGAGUACUGCAAUGCAGAUGGUUUCAAAUACAAUUAUACAAUUUUUGCAAGAGCAUGAUACAAAGGAUCCAGAAAUACAGCACCAGGCAAUGGUAUUGACCCAAACAAGAAAAGAAGGAUUGAUAAAUCCAGCUGAAGAUUUUUGUAAACAAUAUAAUGGAGUAGCACCUCCUGGCUAUCAUUGUGAAAUGUAUGUUGCUAAAAGUAAACCUGAUGUCUUGGACAGGUUUACAAAUGGAGAUACACGAACAUUAGUAGUCGUUGAGAGGCUUAGGGAAGGAUAUGAUAACAAUAGAGUUAGUGUUGUUGCCAUCGUUCGUAAUGUUCAGCCAAAUUCAAUAGUUUUAUUUUCUCAAUUUGUUGGCAGAGCAAUUCGUAAGGCUCAUCCUAAUGAUUCUGUUACUGCAGCUAUAAUAGCACAUAAGCUUCACAAGCAAAAGAAAAACUAUGACCAGUUUGAUCAAGUUGUAGAUAAAGAUGUUAUUGUUGAUUAAUAAUUCAUUCAUUUGAAAUAUUAUGCAUGGUGUGUUUAGGUUAGGUUAUUUUUGUUGUUUAUUAUUUAGGCUAAGUUUUUAUUGAUUUUGUCAAAUUUCUAGCAAAAAUUUUGAAAUUUCUACCUUUUGCA